AUGGUCGAGAGACAUAUCCUGGUCAAGUGGGUGGACAAGGUUCGGAUGGAAUGGGGGGAACUGGGCACUCCACGCUUCUUCACCGAGACUUUGAGCAAACAAGGUGAAAUGGAUACGCAUGGCGCUCUAGACAUGGAUGCCCGGAUCCAGGUGGCGGCCGUGGCGUACGAUGGCGAAAACGGGGUGAUAGGCUUCGGCAUGCGUACCGUUGCCCUAUCAGGACAGAAAGCCUAUUAA